AGAAAAAGCAAAUGUCAAGGUCGUCAAGAAUGUAUUGGAAAAGUCGUCAGAAUAACAUGUCCAGACCCAGACGUAAUUGGAGAGCAGCAAAAGACAUGCAGCUGUACAGACACCACUAUCCGAACUUGGAUGUGGAAGAUGAUGGAGUCAUGUGGAAUGUGGAAUUUUAUCGCAAUCAGAUUUGCUUUCGGCCACAUGGUUGCAAAAUAGAAGAAAUCCUAAAUAACUGGAAAGGGGAUUACCUUGAGCUCGAAAACAACCAUUGCUAUAUACAGUGGUUAUUCCCUUUGAGGGAAAGAGGAGUGAACAUGCACGCUUUUGAACUCACUCAGAAGGAAAUUGAGGUUUUCAAGAAAGAUGCUGAUGUAAGGAGAAGACUAACGAAGGCAUAUGAACUUAUGCUGGAUUUUUAUGGAAUAAAACUGUUGGAUGAGAAGACUGGAAAAGUGGCAAGGACCGCUUAUUGGAAAGAACGAUUUGAUAACCUUAACAGACGUUCACACAACAAUUUACGAAUAACUCGUAUUUUGAAGUGUUUGGGAGAGUUAGGAUUUGAACACUACCAGGCACCACUAGUCAGUUUCUUCUUAACUGAAGUUCUGAAAGAGAAUCAGCUCUGGAAUGUUCGGCAUAGUCUCCUGGACUACUUUGUCUUCAGUAUCCGGGACAAAAGACAGCGAAGAGAGCUGCUGUUAUAUGCAUGGAAACACACCGAUCCUUCUAAAGUUUUUUUAUGGGCACCAGUUGCCAAAUUAAAGGCAUUUCAGGACCUGAGAAACAAAAAGGAUCUAGACAAUCAUUCAAUUUCACAAGAAGAGGAUGGAUGCCGUCCUAUAAAGCGACGUCUCACUGACUCUGAUAAGCAUGGAAAGUCUUCAGCUGGAGAAGUUCUAAACACUAACCAGAGUUCAGGUUCGGUUAUAAAACAUGAAGAGGAAAAUAAAUUGGGAAUGCAAGAUCUUAAUUGCAGCCUUUCAAGUGAAUGCAGCAAAAAGAAGUCCUUGGCAGAUGCUGAUCAAAAACAGGUGUCUGGACAUCCUUUUUCAAGUACCAUGUCAGGUGAUGUGGACAAAAUGGAGGAGGAAUGUGAGUCGCCUACUAGAAAAACGGUGGCUAAUGAAGGUCCAGAAGAAGUCUGCAAGGAUCAAGCCACUGGCAUGUUUCACCAAUGUAAUGAUCAGCAUUUACAAAAGCAUUGCAACACCGGAGCCACUGCAGUUCACUCGCAAAAUAAGAUCAAGGAAAGUGAGGGUAAUAGUGGUUCGGUGUCUGAUGCAAAUAUUUCCAGCCAGCCUGAAUCAAAAAUACAAGACGAGAAUGUUGCACAAAAGCUUCACAGUCUUACAAUUGGUGACCACACUGAACAAGAUAUGUCUGUAGACGACAGUAACAGUAAAAUAAAGCACUUAAUACAUAAACAGGAAGAUGCUGCAACAAAUGACUCGUCUCCAGAAGACAUUGGGAAGAAUGACCAUUCUGGAGGGGUGGAGCCUGUGGGACAGCUGGAUGAUGGUAAAACAGGUUCAGAUCAGCUCAACUUGGCAGAGUCUGACUCUAGAAAUUGCAUCCUUAAGGAAGGUGAGUUGAAAAGUGCCCCUAGAAAAGGAGAGGAAGAAAUGAGUGUCACUGAACAUGUGGAUGGUAUCGUUCCUUCUCAGCAGAGUCCCGCUGAAGUGGAAAUACAGAUUUUGGACCGUACUGCCAGUGAUCAUCAGAUCAAAGAGUACAGAGAAGUAGAUAGAGUGGAUGGCAGUGAAACAGAGAUGUUAAAUAACUCUAAGUUCAUGCAAGCCACAAUUCUUUCAGGACAAAAUAUAUGCAAUUUCAGUGAAAGUGAUGAACUAGAAAAGUGCAAAGAGGAACAAGAAAUAACUUCUGUGCAGGAAUUUGAAAAAGAAAGCAGAGAUGGACAGCGUAAGAAGUCGCUAUCUGUUGAUAGUAUGAAUGAUGGCAGCUGUAAUGUCAAAUGUUUAAAAGUUAAAGGGGAAGAUGCAGAAGCGAUCUGUUCUUUAGAUGAUGUUACGUAUACUCAACAAGCUGAAGGGUUGGAGUUUAUGGGACAUCCACGUGAUAUCAAAGCAGGGUCAGAGAAGCAUAUGGAUAUCAAGCUUUGUUCACCGGUAUCUGAAAGUUACAGCUACAAAGCAGAACCAGGGAAAAGUCCCUCCAGCAAAACAGAUAUGACAGAAAUGCCAGGCAGUAGUAUUCAACAAGAAUGCAAAAAAAUGGAAAAGCCUGAAGAAGAAAACAUGGAUAAAAAUAAGCAGGACCCUUCGGCAUCUGACAGUACCUCAGAAACAAAGAAAUUAAGCGGUGAAGAGGAAGUACAUUCUGAGUGUGUGUCACAUGCUGUAGGAAAAGAAGGAACUAUGGAGUGCAUAGGACAGCAGAUUGACAGCAAAGCAGUUUUGGAAAAUGUAGAUAAUAAACAGUACGCUAUAGAUUUGGCACUGCCCAGAUCAGAGUCAGUGAAACAUGCUCAUGUACUGGUUAGCAAGGAGAAAAAUACUGGACUUCUGAGUAGUGGAGAUACAUCGCAGGAGAUGUAUGCCACAUUACAAACAACACAAGUACCUCCGUCUGGAAUGGAAGCAACCACAUCUCCACAGCUGGAUAGUUCCUUUAAUCAGCCAGCUGGAACAGCAGAUAUAGGCUUGCUUCAUAGUGAAGUAAAUGCUGUCAUUUUACAGAAAACAGACAGUGUUACUGAUGAACUUGAUGUUGCAGGUUCUCAGGAGUUGGAAAGUACUGACACAGUGACACCUAAUACAUUCCCUAUGGAAGCUAAUGGGACUAUUCAUAGUACAGAUGCACCAGUGGUACAAGACGGAUCCCAAAGUCAGAGAACAAAGGGGGACGAUGAGUCCACAGACACUGAUAUGACAGUAGUCAGUAAAAAGGAAUGCAAAAAUACACAACAGUUAUCAGAGGAGAUAACAGAGAAACAGAAGCCAGGCACUUCUACCUGAGUUAUUCAUUUAGAAAAAUGCUCAAAAGAUACAUUUAAAUGCAGGAAGUAUUUUUUCAAUUGGGAUUAAGAAAAAAACAUAUUUUUGAUUCCCAUACUUGUAGAACAUGUUUUGAAUAAAAGUGCAUUAUUUACAGCUAUUA